CGGCGGCAGUUGCCCGCGCGCUACCGCUGAAGUUGAUUGUGCGUCGGUCUUGUUCACGCGUGAACGCAUUGCUUCGCGAAUUCACUUACGUACUUUUUAAUUCGUUUCGCAUUAGUAUUAAUCAGUUUUAAAGGCAUAGAAAAAUAUAAACAUUACACUAAGCAAAGUAUAGGUUUGUGUUCUUGUGGAUUUAGACGACGCGUCGGAAAUUUCGGAGUUAGUAUCCUGUGAUGAGUGACAUUGCGGAGGAAUUGAACUUGCGACUGUCGAUUAUACGCGGAGUAACUGUGCUACUUUACAAUGAGUAGACAUUGAGCGCAAGACGGUACGCGAUGUACAUCGGAAUGUCAGUGCGUUUGCAGGCGCAACAUCGUGCGUUGCGCAGCCGCUGAGCGCCCGAGGGUGAUGAGGAAGCAGUGAGCAGUGUUCAGCCAGCAGCGAGCAGCGAGCUCUUGCGCGGCUGCGAUGGACGACCCGGAACGCAUAGCUCGCGACUACGCCGCCUGCGAGUUGCGCAACAACCUCACGCGCCGCCCGGCUGGUCUGUAUUGCGAAGGCACGUUCGACACGUGGCUGUGCUGGCCGCACACCGCCGCCAAUACCACGGCCUACGAGCACUGCCCCGAGUUCGUGCACGGCUUCAGCCCCGAACUGUUGGCCCAUAAAGAAUGCACGGAAAACGGAACAUGGUUCACACAUCCAUUGACCGGCAUGCCCUGGUCCAACUACACCACGUGCGUCAAACCUGAAGACGACGUGAGCGAGAUCAUCACGGUGUACGAGGUGGGCUACAGCGUGUCGCUCGUCGCCUUGCUCCUCUCCCUCGGUAUACUCUUCUACUUUAAAAGUCUCCGGUGCGCGCGCAUCACCGUUCACAUGAACCUGUUCGCAUCCUUUGCCGCAAACAACGCGACGUGGCUGCUGUGGUACGGCCUCGUGACCCGCGCGCCCGACACUUUGGCCGCGUCGCCCGCCUGGUGUCGCGCGCUCAACGUCGCGCUGCAGUACGUGCUGCUCACAAACUACACGUGGAUGCUGUGCGAGGGCCUGUACCUGCACACGGUGCUCGUCAGCGCUUUCGUGUCCGAGCGCCGGCUGGUGCGGGCGCUGCUGGCCGCCGGCUGGCUGCUGCCCGUGCUGCCCGCGCUCGUCUACGCCGGGCGCCGCGCCGCCGCCGACGACCCGCUCUGCUGGAUGGACGACGGGCCCCCGCGCCCCGAGCUGGCGGUGCUCGUGUGCGUCACCGUCGUGCUCAACCUCGCCUUUCUGUGCAACAUCGUGCGCGUGCUGUGCACGAAGCUGCGAGCUGGGGGAGGCGCGGGCGGGGCGGCGCGGCCCUCGGCCACGGCGCUGCACGCGUUGCGCGCCACCUGCCUUCUGGCGCCGCUGCUCGGUCUGCAGUAUCUGCUCACCCCGUUCCGGCCGGACCGCUCGGCGAGCUGGUGGCUCGCGUACGAGUACGUGUCGGCGCUGACCAUUUCGCUGCAGGGCCUGUGCGUCGCCGUGCUCUACUGCUUUUGCAACGGCGAAGUGCUGGCGCAGCUCCGCCGCCGCUGGCGGGUGCUGACGUUUCGACCGCGAGCCAACUCGACGACCAACACAACGGUGUCCUUCGUGCGGUCGGCGGGCGGCGGCGCGGGCGAGGACAAGGUUUGACUGUCGGCCGGCGGGG